AUGAAGUUUGAGCUCUACCUCCACAAACAUUUGAAACUUGAACAGGUUGAUAAAUGGAUUUCGACAUUGCAGAGGUCCCUUCAAAAUUGCUACAAGCUUCGUUCCGGGUUGAAUGCAAAUUGGGUGGCUACAUUAGCCUCCACUCGACUUAUAGGCGAGUUAAUAAAGAGGAUUGCUCGAUUAUCUGAGGAUAAAGGGUGUCGAGGAGCGUUCUUGCACACUCUUGUCUAUACGCGUCCUUUCCCUGCACAGUUUUACAAUCUUUCUGCAAUAUGGAAUCAAGUACGCGUUCUUUAUCUUGAAAAUAGCUUUCUUUUAUGGAACGAGGGGACUCAAAAUCUGUUUUCCAGCCUACAUAAUCUUCAAGAACUCUCAUUGUAUGAUAUAUCGCAUGGAUUUAGGCCCAAAAGCGAAGGUCCUGGGUGGCGGGAAGUCCCUGCACUGAAUAUGAACAUCAAUUCCCGGUGCCUAGAGAAGUUAACUCUAUGUCAUGUCGGUUUCGAGUGCUUUUACGACAGGAGCUAUCUCAAUCUGGUAGAGCUGUCGUAUACCACUCGUCACCGUGGAACCGUGGUUCUUCGUGACCGAGCUUUGACCCUAUCGAAUCUACGUAUACUUUCCGUCACGGCCUAUUGGCCGUUGAUACGUUCCAUCAACGCGCCAAAUAUUGAGGUGGUCAAAAUGAGAGGAGGUCAUAUGGUCCAUCUUGAGGACAUUUGCAUGUUCAAGCUACGACCUCAGGUCCUCUACAUACACAUCAAGAAAUCUACCGAUCAGGCUUUCUUUAAACAUGCCUUGAAUGCACUUUCGAUCCCAAGCCUUAUCGAUUUACGUUUGGAACAGGACAAUUUUCCUAAACUGGAUAUCGAUUUACUGCAAAGGAUGCUUGGACACGUGAAGAGGGGACUUUCUGUGCGGUGGAAUGGGGCCCAGGUGACGGGAAACCUGGAGCAAAUGGCUACCUGGACGGAAAGUGGACGGCUCGAAGGGGAAAGUUAA